AUGUUCUCCAAGCUCGCCGUUACCUUCGUCCUUGCUGCCGUCGCUGUGGCGAACCCGGUUCCCCAGCUCCCCACCUCGCUCCCCAUCAGCAUUCCGGCUCUGCCGACUUCGCUCCCUCUUAGCAUCCCGACGUCCCUCUCGGUCUCUAUUCCCCUUGCUCUGCCGACUGAUGUGCCCGGUGCUGUGAGCGUCGCAGACGCUCUUAGCAGCAUUGUCGGCGGUGCCGUCCCGACCGGUGUCCCUGGAGCGGUGAGCGUCGUCGACGGUCUGAGCAGCAUUGUCGGCGGUGCUGUCCCAACCGACAUCCCUGGAGCGGCGAGCAUUAUCGGCGGUGUUGUCCCAACUGGUCUUCCCGGAGCGUUGACCAUCCUCGGCGAAGCCGUCCCGUCUGUGGUGCCGUCCAUUUCGGUGCCGUCCAUUUCCCUCCCCGUCUCGGUCCCGUCGAUCUCGGUGCCCUCCCUCCCCAUCUCGGUACCGUCUAUCUCGGUCCCCUCCCUCCCUAUCUCCGUGCCGUCGCUCUCGGUCGCCGCCCUCCCGACUUCUCUGCCCAUCUCCAUCCCCGCCCUCCCGACCUCCCUCCCGAUCUCUCUCCCCGUCUCCCUCCCGGUCUCCUGA